GCCGCAUGUAUUGCCACGUAGGCAAUAGUGAGCUGCUAUAUCCUCUUCAGUUGAAGAGAAUUGAGAAACAAAGUGAAGGCAAUUAUGGGAGUCUCUUUCCUCUCUACUUUCCCAUCUUUGGUUCACCUCUCAUCUCCAACCAACACUCUCACUCUCACUCUUACUCAUCCAUGCCCUUCUCCUACUGUUCUUCUUGUCCGUUGCAUUCAAAAUGAAACGGACGCCGUUACCGGAGAGGAUUUGUUGCUGCGAAGAGAUGUUUUAAAAUGCUCUGCUGCUACCUUUAGCCUGGGAUUACUGGCAAGCUCAGGAUCAUUUGUUCAAAUGGCUAAUGCUGCUGAUCUUAACCAACGCCGACAGCGUUCUGAGUUUCAAUGCAAUAUUAAGAAGACCCUUUCAAUAGCUCUAAAGGAAAAGCCUGAACUUAUUCCGUCCAUACUGACUCUGGCACUAAAUGAUGCCAUGACUUACGAUAAGGCCUCAAAAUCUGGAGGACCAAAUGGAUCCAUACGUUUCAGUUCAGAGAUAAGCAGACCUGAAAACAAGGAACUUUCUGCAGCUUUUAGUCUUAUAGACGAAGUAAAGAAGGAGAUAGAUUCAUAUUCGAAGGGCGGACCAAUCUCCUUCGCGGAUCUUAUCCAAUUAGCAGCACAAAGUGCCCUGAAGGCUACAUUUCUAGCUUCUGCCAUCAAAAAAUGUGGCGGCAAUGAAGAGAAAGGGUCAUUAUUAUACACUGCAUAUGGUUCUAAUGGACAGUGGGGAUUGUUUGAUAAGCAAUUUGGACGGUCGGAUGCCCAAGAGCCUGAUCCAGAAGGAAGGGUUCCCCAGUGGGAGAAAGCAACUGUACAGGAAAUGAAAGAUAAGUUUAAAGCUGUUGGCUUGGGUCCUCGCCAGGUAGCUGUUAUGUCUGCAUUCCUAGGACCUGAUCAAGAAGCUACUGAGGCCUUAUUGGCCACUGAUCCAGAAGUUUUGCCUUGGGUUCAGAAAUACCAGCGUAGCCGAGAAACAGUGUCUCGGACGGAUUACGAGGUUGAUCUGAUAACCACUCUCACCAAAUUGAGUUCCUUAGGCCAACAAAUCAAUUAUGAAGCAUACUCAUAUCCUGUUCAAAAAAUCGAUAUCACCAAACUCAAAUUAUAGAGGAAGCACACAGCAUUUCCAAGGGAAAAAUAAUAUUCUUGCAGGCUGUAGCAUCUUCAAGCUUCUAUUUUGGCCACCUUUAUACGGCAUGUAAGCAGCUUCAGUUGAAAAAUGAGACGGCUUGAGAGUUGUAAUAUUACAGCUAUACUGUAUCUUGAACAAGCAAGAUAGAAUAGCUGCUUCUGUUAAAUCGCUAUGAGAGUGUUACUUGGUUUAUGAA